AUGGCGAAAAAGAUGGAGAGUCCUGGAAAAGCCCGUCUGCAUCAGAUGGCUUCUUCCUCCACUCAAUCUCCACUUUCCUCCGCCCCAGACGAGUCAAUGGUCCUUGAGAUGCAUUACGCCGAGGCGAGACCGGAUCUGCAUAACGCCACGGCGACGAGAGGGGGGCGGGCUGAUUCUUUGCGUUCUCCGCCCUCGUGCAUCCUCUCGGCCCGGCUUUACUGGUCAGCCCCUAAGCCUCUUGGGAUCUGGUAUGAGGUGGUGAUGGGCUUAGGUGUCAGUGGUGGAGGUGGGGGCCGCACAAGAGUCUUAGAGGAUCUAAAAGCAGAGGAGAAACCGGCCGAUAAAGAGAACGAGGCUAAGAAAGACGACCAACCCCAGGAAAAAAUGAUUGCUUUUGACAUUCCAUUCCAAAACACACUGAACCUGACAGACAGGCCGGACGAACCCCCUCCUCCACCUCCUCCCAUAGUUGUGAAUAAAUACUCAGAUGAACAACUCCGGGCCGUGGUCAAACGUAUGAGAGAAAGGCUGGAACUCUACAAAGAGAAGGUGGCCGAUCAGUACGCUUCAUCUCCAGAGAUCACACCACCAGUCACGCCACUGCUUCCCAAAGAUGAAUAUGCAAAGGUGAUAGAGGAGAGGAAACAACAGGCGGAGGAGGAACGAAUAAAGAAAGAAGAGGCAGAGAAGAAGAAGAAAGAGGAGGCGGAGAAAAAGAAGAAGGAAGCUGAGCAGAAGAAGAAGGAGGAGGAGGAGAAGAAGAAAGCUGAGGGGAAAGAGGAGAAGAAGGAAGAGGAGAAGAAGGACAUGAAGACCCAGAUGGUGGAAAAGUUCUGGUCCACAGUGGACAUGGUCCUGAAGCCCGUCGAGGACUCGAUGGACUCAGUCCUGGGAGCCACUAUUGACCCGUUCACUGACCGCCGUUACAUCGGGUGGCUCAGCCUCGUCACCCUGGCCUUCAACUACAACACCUGGUUCAUCACGGCCCGUCUCUGCUUCCCGUACCACACCGAGGAUGCCAUCCCGUACUGGUUCGCCCUGGACCUGCUGGCGGACCUCAUCUACCUCAUCGACAGCGUCCUCUUCCAGUCCCGUAAACAGUUUGUCAAAGGAGGAGACAUCAUAAAAGACCGAGCGAUGACCAAGAAGAACUACAGAGACUCUGAGAGAUUCAAGCUGGACAUGAUUUCACUCAUACCCUUCGACCUGCUCUACUUCCAGUUCGGCUUCAAGUCCAUUUUCAGAGCAAAUCGACUUCUGAAGGCGGACACGUUCUUCGAGUUCAGCGAUCGUCUGGAGAGCAUCAUGGCCAAAGCCUACAUCUGGAGAGUGAUCCGGACCAUCGGGUACCUCCUCUUCAUGCUCCACAUCAACGCCUGCAUCUACUACGUGGCCUCAGACUUCCAGGGCAUCGGGAAAACCAAGUGGGUUUACUCCGGCCUGGGCAGCGCUUACCUCAGCUGCUUCUUCUAUGCGGAGAAAUCCCUGCUGAUGAUCGCCGAGCUGCCCAUUCCAGACUGCAUGUUCGGACAGAUCUUUCAGAUGGUCAACUACCUUUUCGGGGCGUUCUUUAUGUCCGUCAUUCUUGGCCAGAUGAGAGACGUCAUCGGUGCAGCCACAGCCGGUCAGACAUAUUUCCGAGCGUCCAUGGACAACACCGUGGCCUACAUGGUGACCAACCGCAUCCCAUCUCUCGUGCAGAACAGAGUCCGCACCUGGUACACCUACACCUGGGACGCCCAGGGCAUGCUGGAUGAGUCAGAACUGUUGGAUAAGAUGCCUCUGGUGAUGAAAACAGCCAUCGCUGUGGACAUCAACCUGGCCACUUUUCAGAAGAUUGAUCUAUUCAAGGGCUGCGACCAGCAGAUGUUGGUGGACAUGUUACUGAGGCUCAAGUCCAUCAUCUACCUCCCUGGAGACUUUGUUGUGAAAAAGGGCGACAUCGGUAAAGAAAUGUACAUCAUUAAAAGUGGAGCGGUGCAGGUGGUGGGAGGACCUGACAACAGCAUCGUAUUUGUCACAUUGAAGGCUGGUUGUGUAUUUGGAGAAAUCAGUUUGCUUCAGUCGUCCAAAGAUGGAGGGAACAGACGUACCGCCAACGUCAAAGCUUACGGCUUUGCUAACCUCUUCGUCCUGGAGAAGAAAGACCUGUUUGACAUCCUGGUCCAUUACCCAGAGUCUCAGAAGGUCCUGGCCAGGAAGGGAAGGAAACUGAUGAAAUCCAAGGGUCCGGCAGCAGCUAAAGCUGAGGAGGAGAAGAAGAAGGGCCUGGCGCUGUUCGGACCCAAACCUCCCACCCCCAAACUGCUGCGAGCCGUCGGUGGAACCAUCAACCGAAGGUUCAUGGACAAGCUGAAGGCUGCUGCUGCUGCUUCUGGAUGACAGUGAGGCUUUAUCUGACGACUUUAUUUAAUUUAACUCCUUUUUGGGAGUGAAUGUACAGCUUUACUUUUUGCCUAUUAUUGCUUUUUUUGUACAUCAGUUUAAGAGAUUAAUCAUAUACAGG